CCCCUGCACAUGCGCGCUCCCGCACGGUGUCUGGUUACUAGUGUGGCUUUGGGAAUUCCCCAGGAAAACACCUACGCAAACAUACGGCCUUUUCUGGACAAACUGGACAACAGUAAGCCGCUCAGAAGGUGAGCAAUCUGUAGUUUUAUAAUGCUCCGGACAUGGAGGGAAUCUGAGGCUUGUGCGACAGCGCUUGCCGCUGUUGUGUGGGAAUUUGUCCAGAAAGAGCUCAUCUUGUUCCCCUAAAAACGAUCCAUCUGGAUUGAAGCGAAAACGGCGCAAGCAGAUCGCUGUUUGACAAGAAAAGCAGUUUCUCUUAUUACAGCUGGCGUCAUUUAAACGGAUGAUUCAUAUAUAAAUGGAGGGGACGCAAGAUAUUCACGGUGAAUCCCGAAGACAGUAUGCACGGCCUGGACCGAGCUUCACUGUGGAGAAAAGGGGCGCUGUGGACACAGCCCCGGAUGACUGGUGUGACAGCGGGCUAGACUCCUUAAGCGGGGUCGGACUCGGUUUUGAGGGUCCCUACGGCACUUACACAGAGGCCGAAGAGAUGUGGACACCUGGUCGAUCUGUGUCUGAAAUCCCACCUUCGGACGAGUCCGACAACAGGAGCACCAUGGAUUGUGUGUCGAUUGGCGGCGGAGAAAGGCUCGACUCUGCCAUCGGGGACUCGAUUAAUGAGGAUGCGGUGGUGGGGUGUCUGUCCGACGGGAUCGGCACCAUGAUCCUAAGCGAGCCUGCAGGUACAGACAGACUGGCAGUCUCUGACACUGAGGAGAGUCAGACUCGGCAGCGGAGAGAAGAACUCUUCAACACGCUCAACUUUCUGUCAGAGGACGGUGACACGGUACUUCAUUUGGCGCUGAUUCAUGAGCAGUGGGGUGUUGUUCAGUGCCUGCUUGAAGAAAUUGUGGUGGACAAGACCUGGACUCCUUACCUGGACAUCCAAAAUGACCUGGGCCAGACCGCUCUACAUUUAGCAGUCAUCGUAGACCGGAGUGAGUGUGUUCGGGCGCUGUUGUGGAGUGGAGCCAGCGCGGAGAUCCAAGAGAGGGGCGGCAACACGCCUUUACACUUGGCUGUCCGAGAGCUUCGCAUAGAGUGUGUGAGAGAGCUCACCAGCUGCACACGGACCCCACCGGAGCACCUAAGCAUCACCAAUUAUGCAGGUGUGAGUGCACUGCACCUGGCUGUACAUAGGGGCAAUUGUGACAUCAUCAAAAUGCUGCUGGAGGCAGGAGCAGAUGUCAAUCAAAGGGAUUUGGGGUCAGGUCGGUCUCCAUUGCACUGGGCGGUGGAAGGUCAAAGGUCAGCGGUAGUGGAGUUAUUAUUGAGCGCUGGAGCAUUGGUGAAUCAGCGCUCGUAUGCAGGCCACACCCCAUACUACUGUGCCCUUUACAGACCCAGCAAAGAGGUGCAGGCCCUACUUAGUGUCUGUGGGGCCACAUACACACAGGACGAUGAGGAAGAGGACGAGUACAUAGAGAGUGAGGAGGAGGAGUUUGAUGAUGUCGUCAUUAAUGGACAGCGAGUGCUGUAGCUGUAAAACAUGGACACUACUCUGCCAUUAGACCCUUUGUACUCCAGCUGAACGACUGUGGUGUCUGAGUGUUUUUGGUGGAGGCUAUUAUGUGUGUCUGUGUGUGUAUAUUUUGUUUUAAGGUACAGUAUGAUGUCAGUAUGCUGCUUCUGGUUCAAAGGAAUACAUAGCUAAAUUCUGUUAGACAUGGAGGAUCUAGGUUAUUUAAGCCUGACAUCACGCAAGUCUUUUUAAAGCUAUAACAAUGGAGGCAGCUUUUUAUUUAGUAAAACCUCUCACUGGCUCAUCUUGUGUAUGGCAUAAUUUAAGGAGUAGUUUACCUAAAGAUGAAUAUUGUUACCAUUUACUAAUCCUCAUGAUGUUUCAAACCUGAAUGACUUUCUGUCUUCUGAGGAAGAUUGAAAGAAAAAAAAAAUUUUUCUUUUUUUUUUUUUCAAACUAUGAUGUUUAAACAACAUAUCUAUAAAAUCUUUAGGUGAAAUAUCUUCUUUUCUGUUCCAUAGAAUAAAUAAAGUCAUACAUGUUUGGAAUGACAUGAGGAUGAGUAAAUGAUUUCAUUUUAGGGUGAACUAUCGCUUUAAGAAAUUCGCUGGAUGAUAGUAAACACCUUAGGCAAGCAGCAUGGCUGUAAUACUCCCACUAGUGGGUGGAUCAGUUAUGUCCACAACAUUACAAUAAAGGCUUGCUUUCUUUAUUUUUAAAUCUAAAUUAUUAGCCAGAUUUAGCUGAGGAAAUCUUGAAGAGAAAAUGAAUGGUUUUUAAUAAACUGUUAACUUACUAUUACUGUUAAACCAACUAUUGGCUGUGUUUUUUGAGUGGAGUGUCACUGUUUCCAUGGUGACCUCCCAGUUGUCUAUUGUGUGUUCUCAGUGGAUGUUUAUUCCUUCUUUCUUCACAUGUAAUGGGUGUUAGGGUUGAAAUAGGAUAGAGGUGGAAAUGCUAAAUGCAGAGACGGAUAGUAGGUCAGACAGAGAAUAAACUAAAAAUUACAGACGUCAUAAAAUUCUACAAUACAAAUGACAACAAAACUCAAAUCUAGCUAAAUUCUUGAUCUAAGAGACUCAACUAACCGCUUACAGUUGCACAUAUUAUUUGAACUGUGAAGCAUCUAACAAACAUUCCAAAUUACACUAAAUGCAUGACAACACAAUUACUUUUCUUGUCUUAUUAAAGCAUUUAUUUAAAAUAUAUAAUAUAAAAAAAUCUGAUUUGAUUAAACCGGUUCUGUCUGACAGGCUGUUUUGUUUUCAAUUGUUACAAAAGUGGAGCAUGAUCUCUAUGCACUCACUCACACUGAUGCUAUUGGGGCAUUAUGGUUGUAGACAUUUACAGUCACCCGUUUUUAGGCCUAUUUUACAGAUUUGUUGGGGUGAGCGUGAAAAUUUCUCGAUGAUUGGUGCCCUCUGUUGGUAAUACAGCCACUCCUUUGGAAAUCAGGGCUCCUGAUCGACUGGUACUUGUCCUCUGUGAGUUGACUGUAUACUGUUGAGCAGAUUAAGUUUGUCCUGUUUUAAAUUACAGUGUUAAUGGUUAUUCAUCCAUUGAGAAUAUGUCAUUCUAGAUGUAAGAAGAAACACCGAGGAGGGAGUAACAUUUAGGGUUUAAUGAAACAAGUGUAGUCAUGUCUUACGUUGAGAGGGACAGGUGAUAUUAGGGGAAGCUGGUUUUGCAUUUGAAUGUUUGUAAUCCAUGUAUAAACAAACAUACAGUAGAGUGACGGAUCUUUCCUCUCAUCUGUACAUAUUUCUGUUUACUCGAUGAUGGGUGAAAUGACUGAAAAGCUCUUAAAAACCAUUCAAAUGGACAAUAAACAAUAAUGACGAGAA